CGCUGUUUUGUCGUAUGGCGCGAAAUUUGAAUGUUUGAAAUACGAAUGUGACUUUUGAAUACAUUUUCAAUCAAGUGUUACCUUGUGUGCAAUUUGUGACGUUAUCGUUGGAGUUUGUUUGUCGUUUCUGGGAUGUUUUAAUCACGUGUACGAGAAACAAGAAAAUGAUGAUCAGUGUUUGUUGCGGUUGGAAGUUAGUACACCGAAGUCUAGGGCAAUAGGCUUCAAGAUGGACACGUUGGCUGUUGUGACGUCACUCAUAGGCCUUAUUUGCUUAGGUCCAGCUGAAGGUGGUCUUAACGAUGAUUACGUAGGCAACGGUGAGGCGCCUUACAUAAUAGAACAGCCUUUAGACGUCACCGUAGCUCGACAUCAACCUGCGACACUGAACUGCAGAGCUGGUGGCUCUCCUACACCAACUAUCAGAUGGUACAAAAGUGGUACAUUAGUAGUCUCAGAUACUCAUAGAAGUCUACUACCCGCUGGAGAUUUGUUCUUUCUUAGAGCGACACACGGAAGAGCACAUUCAGACGCUGGAGUAUAUUGGUGCGAAGCGGCGAAUCCUUAUGGAACUGCUAGAAGUAGGAAUGCUACAUUACAUGUUGCUGUGUUACGCGAAGAAUUCCGUCUGGAACCGGUGACGACGCAAACAGCGCAAGGUGAGACGGUUAUACUAGAAUGUUCGCCGCCGAGAGGAUCCCCGGAGCCUUCAGUUUAUUGGAAAAAGAACGGACAAGUUCUACAUUUUGAUGGCGACUCGAGGAUGCAUUUAGUGGAUGGGGGCAGCCUUGUUAUACAAGACGCGAGACAAACUGAUACUGGCAGAUAUCAGUGCCUUGCUAGGAAUGCUGCUGGCACAAGAGAAUCUGCUAUUGCUACAUUAAAAAUACACAUCAAACCGUAUUUGAUCUCUGGGCCGGAGGAUAUAGUCGCACAGACCGGAGGCAGCGUGACGUUUCAGUGCCGAGUGGGCGGCGACCCCCUGCCCGACGUAUUGUGGCGGCGCACGGCUGGCGGCGGGAACAUGCCGCUCGGUAGAGUCAAAGUUUUAGACGAUAGAAGUCUUCGCUUAGACAACGUCAUACUAGGAGACGAGGGAGAAUACACAUGUGAAGCUGACAACUCAGUUGGUGCUGUGAGCGCAAGUGGCUACCUAACUGUUAACGAUCCUCCUUCAAUAAUUUUGAAACCAAAUAGUGUGAUAGUAGAAAGUGAUUCCGUAGCAACGUUCACAUGUACCACAUCUGGAAAACCGGAACCAACUAUAUUCUGGAGUAUAGAAGGCAAUAGGACUAUUAUUUUACCAGGAAUGUCAAAAGGCAAAUAUUACGCCUCAUCAGUCAUUAACGGUGUUUCGACUCUCACAAUUAACGAUACGAAGAAAAACGACAGUGGAAGCACGAUAGUUUGCUCCGCGGUCAACUUUGCGGGAAGUUCAUUUCUUAGAGGGAAGUUGACCGUAACAUCGGACGAUGACCGACCCCCGCCGAUCAUAACAAACGGUCCCUCUAACCAAACGUUACCUAUAAAAUCGAUGGCAGUUUUCCCCUGUUCGGCUAUUGGUACACCUGAACCGGUCAUAGCUUGGUAUUUUGAAGGGGAAGCUUUGAUACAAAACUACAGAAGAAAUAUUUCAAACGGUGGCACUCUUAUUUUGAAAGAUUUAGAUAAAAGUGAUAGCGGAACAUACACGUGUGUCGCUUCUUCGCCCCAAGGAAAAUAUGUUUGGAGCGGUGUUUUGAUUGUAGAUACCCCAACAAAUCCUAAUAUACAUUUUUUUAGAGCUGCAGACAAUUCCUCGCUACCGGGACCGCCUACGAAGCCACAAAUAUUUAACAUAACAGAAACUAGUGUAACCCUUACAUGGAAUCAAAACAAUAAAAUUGGGUCGUCGUCAAUUUUAGGAUAUCAAAUUGAAGUAUUUUCCCGAGAGACACUUUCGGGAAACAAUACACCGAGAAAUUCACGUGGUUGGGUUACCGUAGCAAAACGGAUACAUCAUACACAGUACGUUGUGAAGUCUCUAAUACCUGGGAUUACUUAUAUGUUCAUCGUUAGAGCAGAAAAUUCUCACGGACUGUCAGCACCUAGUCCAGUUUCUGAUUCAGUAACAGUCGGCGAGGAUAAUUUAUGGUCCAAUGGAAUUUUCUCGAACAGUACUGAGAAUAGAAACAAUAUAAUGACAGACAACAUCGUAGAGCUCAUUGAAGCGACUCCGAUCGAUUCAAGAACAAUAAAGCUUAUGUGGGAAAUUUUAAAUUUCUUUUAUCUCGAAGGUCUUUUUAUAUAUUUUCGUCCCCUUGAUAAUUCCACUGAAGAAUAUGAAAUGAAAACUAUUUUACAUUCAAACGACGUAUCCGGAUAUGAAAUAACAUCUUUACGGAAAUAUACUAAAUAUGAGUUUUUCCUCAUACCAUUUUACAAGAAAUUUGAGGGGAAACCCUCCAAUUCUAGGGUUGCGCAGACUUUAGAUGAUGUACCAGAUGGACCUCCUAUAAAUAUUGAACUACUCAUAUUGAAUUCAACAACAGUUCAUUUGAAAUGGUUUCCACCAGAAGCAAACCUACAAAAUGGCAUCAUUAUUGGUUACAAUGUCCUCGUAAAUUGGUUAGAUAUCCCUGCAAAUAAAUCAAUGGUCGCGAUAAACACGACAGUUCAACAAGCAACUAGUCUAAUAAUGACAAAUCUUACCACAGGAGUAAGUUAUUCUGUACAAAUUGCAGCCGAGACAUUAGUUGGUUUGGGACCGUUCAGUCAAAAAGUGUACUUUAACACAGAUUCUCGAUCUAUAGGAUUAGAUCCGCUGUCGAGGUACCCAAUAAAUGGCGAAGUAUCCAUAGUAGCUGGAGAUUUUGUGCUAGAGUCAUGGUUCUAUUUUCUUAUUGGAGCCAUAAUAUUAUUCAAAAUUAUAAUGAUCGGCGGUAUCAUCUAUGUCAGGAAGCAUAAUAUUUUCGCAAAAAAAUCUGCUCUACCAAACAUAUACGAUUCCAAUGGUACGAGUUUGGUUACUCAGAUGAAUAUAAAAGCUGCAGUAUCUUUGUCUCAUCCACUGAGCAGCUGCUACAAUAAAAAUGCUGUAACAAAAACAGAAUCUCUCUUAUGGAUGGAAAACCAACCUGGCUUGUGUAUGUCUGGUACACAUACAAGUCAGAGCAAAGAUAAAACAAAUACAGAAUAUGAUAAAGUAGCACAGCCAUUACCUGAAUAUGCUGAAGUAUCAUCUUCGAGAGUGAAUGGCAACGAGUGGAACACUACUAAAACUGUGAAUAGCCCAGCAGCGUACGCUUCAGUAACUCUAGUUGCUAACACUCGUCAGUGCGUUAGCUCACUGGGCUGGUUUCCUCCAGGAAGCAAAGAUUUAGAUAAUUUUGAUAAUUCCUACAUGCCAGAUGAAGAACUAUAUCCCGCUAGCAAUGGCGGCUAUUACAACCGAAAUGUUUAUAGUGAGAAAUACUUUCAAGGACAUCCUAAUGUACUGAAGUUUCACGAUCUGCCAUCUUUAGAAAAAACACAGAAGGCUCAAAUAAGAUAUAAUCAGAGCGUAGAAGAAAGAAAAAGUGAUAAGAAUAUCAAAACGGAUGUAACCCAGUCGUUAAUUGGACGACCAUGUGGUAUUAAUUCACGAAAUAAUUCUGAAUCGGAGGCAACAUACAGAGCUUUUGGUGAAGAGGAGUCGGAUGAAGAGAAUUAUUCAGUUGAGUUAGCUUACGAUGAAUUGAAUCAACAAAGGCACAGAGCUAAACAUCAAUACGAAAGGCCUAAUUUCGACAACGACGGUACACGGACACUAGCCCGAUUGACGUCAUUCAGGCACGGCCAGACAGCGUUGAGUGGCGCGUCGCAAGCCCCCCUCGCGCCUGCACACCCACCCCCUGCGCCCCACCCGCGUGUUGAUUCAGUGACACGGUAGUAUCACGCCCUGCCGGUUUUCGGCGACUUGUGCCAAACGGACGUUUAGACCGACUUGUUCCACAAGAGUGUAUUAAAUUAGUGACGUCAUUAGAGAUCGCAGCUCUUCCUUACACUGUAGAGAUCUUUUCAAUGUUUCAUAUUAUGUUUAUACAUUAUCAUAUUGUAUUUAUUCAAGAAGAAAUUAUUUUCUUCCUUGUUUGGACUCCGCACCCUACACUUUUCUGUUAAAGAAAACUAUUUCUUAAAUCAUGGCCUAUUGACACUUUUGUAUAAUGCUUUCUUUGGUAUACGUAUUAUGGCUUUUUAUGACAUGAUUGUUUAUCAUAUAAACUAGUCUUUUGUAUAGUUAUUGUACUGUAAAUAGUGUAAAUACAUUACUAUUAGUAAAUAUAUUUAAUGCUUAAAGUAAAAAAAAUAUUCCUAAGAUUAUUUAAAACAAUAAUGUAAAUCGUAAUAUGUAACUAAUUUAUCUACUGGGAUUGAAUAAAAUCGAUUCGUCGAUCGUCCAUCUCGAUAUUUAAACGAAUUUGGUAACCCUAAUAUCAUUAGUGUAAGUAUAUUCGAAAAUGAAAUACGCUUGGCAAUAAUUGAUAAUAACUUACAGUUCACUGUUUUGUAAAUAAUGUGUAACUUUAAGAAUUAUUAAAUUCAUAUAUCGUUUCCUUAGCAAAUGGAAUUAAUUUGCACGUACUGUUAUUAAAGGGAUAGUAUUAAACUUGAACACGAUUUGUGACAUUAGUAUAAACGAGUUUGCAACUAAAAAGUAUUUAAGGUCAUAUUACUUGUUUAUAGAUUGAAUAGACUGUUGUAGAAUAGAAUAAAUCAAAACUAGUAAUUUCCUUCGAUAUUAUUACUUUUAAUUUUAUUUCGAGUGCCAUAAGACUUUCCUAAUGUAAAAAAUGAAGUAACAUUCGAGUUGUGACAUGAAUAUUCAAAUGAAGCUUUUAUAAAGUGAAAAUUUUAAAUCUACGUAAGUUAAUGUGAUAUGAGUUAUAGCCACUUGUUAUUAUGACAGCAUAGCACGACAUGUAUCAUUGCAUAUCAUCUAUGUUAAGUAAGUUAUAGAUAAACAAUGUUAACUUAGGACGCUUCUAAUUCCGGGAUUCAACUGCAGUGACACUGUUGUAUUAUACAGAUUGCCAUAUCAUUGUAUAGUCCGACAAAGUUAUGUGACCCGGUGUGCAUAGAUGAAAUUAAAUUAUAUUAGCUCACUAGCGCCCUCCUGACAAUGUCAGAAUUGUCACAAAAUCCUUCUUUGUGACUGUAUUGUAAGUUUAUUUCACCUCGUGUUGUAACCGAUGGUUUAUGAAAUCAUAAUCUCUGCAGAAAAAAUAUAGUCAUUCCUGUUAUUAUCUUUGAGAAAACAGAUAUAACAAUAUGUUUUCAACGAAGAUAUUGGUCUCAGAAACCCACGGCAUGUAAACUUUCUGGCAGAACUAAUCGCGAUAGCAGUGCCUCUCUCACCGGCUCAGAUAUCCUUGUUGGAUUAAAAAAACGGAGACAAUUAUAUGUAUUUGUACAAGUUUCAAGGUCACGGCAGUCGAAUCUUACGAUACUACGAAUAUUAUGUACAUACUAUGUAAAAUGUAAAAGCUUUUUUCUACUUCAUUCUUGUAUAACAUCAAAACCUAAGUUAAAAAGAUCAAAAAGUCUACUAUACUUAUAUUUUUAUACUUUCAUUCUUUCCGUAUGUUUGAAUAAGAUUUAUUUAGAAAAUAGAAUAUCAAGCUCAAUUGUAAAAAUAAGACGCAAUCUAAUUAGUGUCACACAUUAUUAAUAUAGAAAAGGAAAAAAAACUAACAUUUCUGAACGUUUUCUCUUAACGAUUAAAAAAUAUACUU